AUGGGCAGCAGCGUCCACCUCAACUUCAAUCAGCGCAGCAAGGUGCCCGACCGCCGCCUCCACAAGCCAUGCAAGCUCGUCCGCAGCAACCUGGCAUGUCUAGUGCUAGGCCAGCGUUCGCUCCUUCGACCAGCAUGGCUGGCGCUCGACCACCUUCCGGCCGUCCGUUCCCGCAGCAGCCCGGCUUGCAGCCACCUGGCGCAUCCGCUGGAGCGCCCCAGCAGACACCGCAGAUACAAGGUCGCCUCAGUCCUCAUCCACCAGCACCCACUGGCGCAGCGGUCGGUAUAG